ACCUAAAGUUUUAUGUUGCAACACAUACAGAAGUAUUUUGGAUUGCAUUUGCUCUGCUCUUUGUUGUUAUGUUGGUACUGGUUUGUUGUGAUAAUGUGAGAAGAACUUUUCCAGUUAACUUAAUCUGUUUGAUGCUAUUCACACUACUACAGUCUUUUCUUCUUGGAUCUGCUGCAAGCUUUUAUGAUUCUGAAGCUGUUUUGAUUGCUGUUGGAAUAUGUGCUGUUAUAUGUCUUGGUCUAACAUUUUUUGCUUUUCAAACUAAGUGGGACUUUACUAUGUGUAGUGGAAUGCUGUUAGUUGCUCUGUUAGUUCUUAUCGUCUUUGGAUUUCUAGCUGCCUGCAUACCAAGUAAGGUUAUUUCUAUUGUUUAUGCAUCUCUAGGAGCAGCAAUAUUUUCAAUG